AUGUCCAAGAAGUGGACUCCCGAGCUUGAUUCGAUUCUCCUUCACGGCGUCUUCGAAGAGUGCCAGAUCUCCUUCGGCAAGGCCCUUUGCGAGAAGAUCGCCGAGCGCGUCCGCAACGCCGGCAUCGCAGGCUUCACGGAGUGCACUCCCAAGGCCGUUGAGAACCGCUUGUACUCGUGGAAGAAGAAGAACGCCACCACGUCCACCGGUGCGGGCACUCCAGACGACACUCCUGUUCCCACUCCCAAGAAAGCGGCGGCGAAGCCCAAGAAAGACCCCACCACGCCUAAGACGCCGCGUGCGAAGAAGGGCGCAAAGAAGGCCGAAGACGCUGGCGAGGGAGGCGAGGACGACAUGAACAAGAGCAAGAGCCCCACAGCUGGUCGCAAGCGCGCUGCUGGUAGCGAGGAGGAGCACUCAGAUAAGAAGGUGAAGCUUGAGCCUACCGAGGAGGAAUAGAAGGAGGUCUAAGGGCUAUUGAGAAGCCCGUGGUGCGAGAUUGAUGGGCAGACUGGAUAAC